AUGGAAUCAACUCCAUUUUUUAAGAAGCGUUAUAAUAUUGGGAAAAGUUUGAAAAAUAUGCUUAUGGGUUUUUUCACUGAAUAUGAAACACCAAAAUUAGUUUUAAUACAUAGUGCAAAAUAUGCUGGUUUACUUCGUAUUAUACAGAUUAUUAUUCUUAUUUAUUCUGUAAUAUAUUUACUUAUAUAUGAAAAAGGUUAUCAAAAACAAGAUACUGCAGUUAUAUCGUCAGUAACACUUAAAGUGAAAGGUAUUGGUUAUGUUCAUGCGCCAGAAAACAGAACCAUUAUUAUUGAUGUAGCAGAUUAUGUUAUUCCACCAUCGGAAAACAAUGCUAUAUUUAUAAUGACAAAUUUUAUUCAAACUGAUCAGACACGAUCUAAAUGUGCUGAAAGUAAACAAGUUAAAAAUGCAAUAUGUACAAAUGAUGGUGACUGUUUGAAUAAACCAUUUACACCAAAUAUGAAUGGACGUUGGACAGGUCAAUGUUUACUAUUACCAGAAAAAAAUGUAUUCAAUGAAACAACAAAUAUUACAAAAACUACAACGGGUUUUUGUGAAUAUGCAGGUAGACCUUUUGUUUUUAGAUUACAAAAAUUAACAAAGAAUGUUUUGUAUAUUAAUGAAAUAGUUUGA